UGCACAGUACAUAUUUAACAUUCCAAGGAACCGAGUAACAGAGGCCAGCCACAAAAUUCGCAAAAUUUACAAAAAUUCACAAAAACCAGAAAUGAGAAACUGUCACCUACACUUAGCCCUUCUUGCCCUGCUGGGGAUAGCUCAUAUAACAUCCGCAACCCCGGCGGGAGAAAAGUGUCCCGCCUAUUGUGUUAGCGACCUUAUGUGUUGCGAGGCAGGCGGUUGUUAUGGGGGAGCAUGCAUAGAUUGCCGCCCAAACGGAUUCAACUGUCUGACUGAUCGACACUGUUGCCAAGCUGGUGGUUGCUAUGCGACGAAAUGUAUUCAAUGCCGAGAUUGGGGCUUUGUGUGUCAAAAUCACUCCCAAUGUUGUCCUGGGCAUUGGUGUGGACCUCUUGGGCGGUGUGAAUAUGUGUUUCAACCGUAAAAAUCGAGGUUUGUUGAGACGAAUAUCCACGAAUGAAAUUUGUUUCUGUUUAAAAUUAUGCAAACUAUGUACAUACCUAUGUAGGUUAUAGGAAGCAGUAAAGGCUCUAUUUAUCUGGGUUCUCA